UAAUGAGACACCAUCCCCGAACUUAUGUUUUGAAAAUAUUUUCGUCCCUUUGAAUAAGACAAUGUCACUACUCUAAUCUGAUUGGUGGUAUAGAAUGAUCAACAUGAUUAUAUUUACAGAAGACUCCGGCAUCCGAACAUACCUCAGAAGGGCAAAAUGAAUGGAUAUGUUAUAACCGGAAGCUGCGUAAUUGAUGAUGCGCAGGAAAAAAUGUUUGAUUAGCAACUGAGAAAACUUUGACAAAAUUCACAUGGAAAUAAUGAUAUUUUGACACUAAUAUGCAGUAAAAGCUUAUGGAAUCAUGUUGAAUUAAUGUAACUGUUGUUUGUGCAAUAUCUCAACAUGUCAUGUGGUGGAGGAUCCGUGACAGUGUCAAAUAGAACAGAAAAAGUGAAGUCGGGAUACCUUAGAAGAUUCCAUAAGGGUUUCUUCUCCAAGAAAUGGAAGAAUCAGUUUGUCGUGUUGCAUAAAGACAGUGGAUUAGCCUGGUAUCAGGAGCAGGGGAAAUCUCAAGCUGAAGGAUAUGUAUCUGUCAAGAAUGUGGCACAGUGGCUUGCGGUUGGUGAGUUUACUAAGAAUCUUCCCAACAGACCCGUGAUUCCUCAAGGUAGCACAGAGAAAUGUUUAAUUGCAAUAGCCCAGGAGCCAAAGAAAGAUGCUGCAAUCAACUGGUUCAUAGCCACGAGUGAAAGGGAACUGGGAGAGUGGAUGAAUGCCAUAGUUACCACAUUGCCACCCCCUCCAAGACCCCAACAACCACAAGGAGGGGCACCCCCACAGGGCCAGAGACCCCCUCCAUAUGCAACAAAUGGACCAAGCGCACCUCCAGCAAUGGCCCCUGGUCAGCCUUACCCACCACCUCCACAAGGUGGACAAUACCCACCACCUCAGGGUCAACCUGGUUAUCAACAACAACAAUAUCCACAGCACCAACAACAACAGUAUCCACAACAACCCUAUCCACAACAGCAACAACAACAAAGAGCCGCCUACCCCCAACAGAGAGGAGGGAACCAAGGGGGAGGGGGUCACACCACUGUAGUUGUCCAGGAUAGAGGAAGAGACAAUGGAGAUGCCCUUCUAACAGGUAUGCUGAUAGGUGGUGCCCUAGGUUAUGGUAUGGGCGGAUACCAUCACGGUGGCUGGGGUUGGGGAGGAGGCUAUGGCUGGGGAGGUCCAGGUCACUGUCACAUGGGGUAUCAUGGGGGAGAUACCCACAUCACAAAUCACUAUGAAUCCAAUGUCACCAAUGUUACUGAGAAUAAUACUACUGAGAACAAUACCGAAAAUAACACAUAUAACCAAGAUGGUACUGGCGAUGCAGGAGCUGGUGAUGCAGGAGCUGGUGAAGCAGGUGUAGGUGAUUCAGGAGUGGCAGAUCAAGCCCCUGCUGCAGACCAAGGUUAUGGUGACCAAGGACAAGCUGACCAGGGUUAUGGUGACCAAGGUCAAGCUGACCAGGGUUAUGGGGACCAGGGCUAUGGAAAUGAUUAUGGACAAGGUCAAGGCUAUGGUGACCAAGGCUAUGGUCAAGGUCAAGGCUAUGAUCAAGGUCAAGGCUAUGAUCAGGGUCAAUAUGGGGAUCAACAAGGAUAUGAUCAGCAAGGCUAUGAUCAAGGAGGUUAUGAUCAAGGAGGUUAUGAUCAAGGAGGCUAUGACCAAGGAGGUUAUGAUGAUGGUGGAGGUUUUGAUGAUGGUGGAGGUUUUGAUGAUGGAGGGUUUGAUGAUGGAGGGGGAUUUGAUGGUGGUGAUUUUGAUGGAGGAGACUUUUAAGCUUUCGGGAAAAUCAAUUUUUUCAAUGACCAAUUUAGUACUGAAUCUUUCUCAAUGAAUUGGAUUAAUGAUGGAUAAAUUAUUACUCAAUGUUAUUUACCAAUAAAUGAAUGGCUUUGAAUGAUAUUUAUCAAACUAGAUUUUAGAUUGGAUGUUGGAACCCAUUGUCUUAUGUACUUUAUUGAAUUAUUAUACCUUGUUGCAAUAAAUUUUACAGUGAAUGUCUUAUAGUGUAUUUUUCAUGUAGGACCCUGUAAAGUUAUGAUUCUUCAGCAAAAUGAUAUCCAAUC